UCAUCCUCUCGAGCUCUUCAAGCUAUCCUUCCGUUGAUUCCAGCUGGACAAGCUUACGAAGCGCACCAAAAAGCGCGUACUUUCGCUUCGCGUUAUCAAAAGACCGCACAAUACGACACCGCGAUCGACGUCCUGUUUCAGAGUGCGCGCGAGCUGCUGAAGGCAGGGCAACAGGGUAGCGGCACCGAUCUCACACUAUUCUUGAUCGACAUAUACGAGGCAAAGGGCGACGAUGUGAAUGAUGAGUCCAAGGGGAGGUUGACGCAACUCAUCGCCUUGACGGGCUCAUCAGGUGUAUGGAGGAAGACUAUUACCGAUAAGUCCAUCGCAUGGUCAGCGAAACACGGCCCCCAUCCUGCAGGGGAUCCAGACCUCCAUCAUUACAUCGGCGAACUACUUUAUAAAGAGAGAGCGUAUGAUGCUGCGGAAAUCCAUUUGCUCGCCGCCGGAAAGCGCGACAGUGCGCGUCUGUUGUCUCGCGUUUUCAUCGAGUGGGGGCAAUCAAGCGGGAGUGUAUCAUCGCAUGUGAGCGCGUUCGCCCUUCGCGGCACGAUUCCAUAUCUCCUGAACGGCAACAUCCUCGCUGCGCGUACCUUUCUCUCCGCGUAUUUGUCCGCCAUCCCAUCAUCCCUCAAGCCGACCGCCCUACCCCUGCCCUCGACCGAUGACGAAAUCAUUCAUACCACGGAGCCCGUCCUGAACUUUGUCCAGCUCGCCGUGCGCACCUGCCAGCGCGCGCAAGGGGCGCAGAACAAGGCGAUGCGCGAGGCGUGGGUGCGCCUGUGCGGCACAUAUCAGAGCCGGGGCGGGUUACUCGCCACAGGGGAGGUGCGCCACGCGCUGAACGAGAUCGCGACCAUCUAUUUCGCGAUGCCACCACCGCGGACGCAGCAGGCCAAUCCGUUUGGAGAUAUGCUUUCGUCUUUGUUCGGUGGGCCAGCAGGGAGCGGAGACACAGCGUCGACGAGAAGAGUGAUCACGCCAGGUGUG